AUGCGUGCACUACUGUGUGUCACUUGUUUAGUGUUAACAACAAAUCUCUGCAGAUCGGCGAAAAUAUUGGGAGUAUUCCCUGCACCCAUCUACAGCCACCAGCAAGUGUUCCGACCUUUAAUUGAAGAAUUGGCCAGGCGGGGUCACGAAGUCACUGUCAUCACACCAUUCCCCACAGCGUCAGAAAGCGUCGGCAACAUAACUCAGAUAUCUAUUGAAGAUAGCAUUGAAGACAUAAGAUUUAAUGCACUUAAACAGGAAUUGAAAGAUGCAGAAGACAUAGUUACACAGCAGAAGGCAACUUUUAGAGUUGUACACGAAAUGUUCGAUAUAUUAUUGGGUAGGGAUUUAAAAGAAUUCCUGAGGAGCGGCCAAAAGUUCGAUUUGGUUUUAGUGGAAGCUUGCGUGCGAUUAAACCUUAUUUUCUCUCACAUAUUCAAGGCCCCGCUGAUCCAAAUAAGUUCCUUCGGCGCAGUGACGGAUACUUUCGAAAUGAUGGGAGCAAGAGCAUUCUACGAUAGCGAGAAGCCCGAAGAUGAUUUGAUUAAGAAACAUUUGGGCGCUGAUUUUCCCACUUUGAAGGAAUUGAAACAAAAUGUCGCAAUGGUUUUUCUUAAUGUGAAUCCGAUUUGGGAUUCCAAUAGGCCAGUACCUCCGAACGUAGUCUAUUUGGGAGGUCUACAUUUGAGGCAAGAAAAGCCCCUUCCGAAGGAUCUGAAAGCCAAGCUGGAUUCAGCAAGCAAUGGGGUGAUUUACAUGAGUUUUGGCAGCACGAUCAGCUCUUCAAUGUUCAACAUGGAGAAGCUAAAUAUAUUUCUACGAGUGGUGUCCAAACUGCCAUAUACGAUACUUUGGAAAUGGGACGCGGAUGUAGAAGACGUGCCUGAUAACGUUGUGGUGGGGAAAUGGUUCCCGCAGCGCGAUCUUCUUAAACACCCGUCCAUCAAGCUUUUCAUCACGCAAGGUGGGCUCCAGUCAACCGACGAAGCCAUCGACGCUGCGGUCCCACUUGUGGGCGUACCGAUACUCUGGGACCAG